CCGGCGAUGUUAGAUACAAUUACAUUCCAACUCGUGAACGGAGUUGGGUUCAACUCAAAUUCGUAGAAAGAAUUUGAUCUUCGAUAAAGAUUAUCCAAAUCGUUUCCUAGUAUAAAUCAUUCUAUUGGAAUCAAAUUUAGGUAACCGACCACAGCACGCGGCAUAUAUUGAGGGAACAACGUCGUUCGACGCCUUCAUAUAAUAUAUACAUAUACAUUACAUACACAUAUAUUUCGACGCUGCAGCCACCUUGUCUCGUCCCCCUCUCUUCAAUCUCAGCAGUUGGAGCUUUGAUUUCUGGAGAAGGGGCACUCUAUUUUGGUGCUCAAUGGGUUAUGCAGAAGGGCUUUUCACUGCACAAGGAGAAAAGCCUCUAGCUUCCUUGGGGGUAAUAUCCGAUGUUCAGUAUGCUGACAUCCCAGAUGGCAGCUCAUUUCUUGGUGUUCCUCGCUAUUACAGGCACAGCCUCCAUGUGCUGCAAAGAGCAGUCAAGAAAUGGAACGAAGAAAAGGUGAACUUUGUGAUCAAUUUUGGGGACAUAGUCGAUGGAUACUGCCCCAAAGAUCAAUCUCUGGCUGCUGUCAAGAAUAUCGUCAAUGAAUUCAGCCUCUUCAAUGGCCCUAUAUAUCACAUGAUAGGCAACCACUGUCUAUACAAUCUCUCUCGCGAAACAUUGCUGCCUAUGCUGAACAUCCCUACAACCGAUCUUCAUGCCUAUUAUGAUUUCUCUCCCGUUCCAGAAUACAGAUUUGUUGUCCUUGAUGGUUAUGACAUCAGUGCCAUCGGCUGGCCUGAUGAUCAUCCGAAUGCAGUGAAAGCAGCUGAUUUUCUUUGGGAGAGAAAUCCGAAUUCAGACAAGAAUAGUCCGAAUGGUCUUCUUGGAAGGGACAGGAGGUUCCUCAUGUUCAAUGGAGCAGUAGGGAAAGAGCAGCUUGAGUGGUUGGAUGGAGUCCUUCAAGAUGCAACGUGCUCGAAUCAGAAGGUGGUGAUCUGCUGCCAUCUGCCUUUGGAUCCUCAGGCCUCCUCUAAUGAGGCGCUGCUGUGGAACUACAACGAGGUGAUGGACUUGAUACACCGGUAUGAUUGUGUGAAGGUUUGCCUUGCUGGGCAUGAUCACAAGGGGGGGUACUCGGUCGACUCCUAUGGGGUUCACCACCGGAUUCUUGAGGCUGCGCUGGAGUGCCCCCCGGGGACCAAUGCUUUCGGGCACAUUGAUCUGUACCCGAGUGGUUUGCUUCUGUGCGGUACGGAUAGAUUGAAGACUCAGGAAAUUGUUUACAGUCGCUAGUCGGAUCACACCCAUGUUUUUCUGUGUCUUUGGUUGUGUUCUUUGAGGACUGAUGUGUAUUGAUUGAUCCAUGUGAAUAUAUACAUGAUUCUUGAUUUUUUCUUGAA